AUGCUAUAUAGGCCCACACCAAACAAUCAAACAGACGACAGUUCACAAACCAACCACACUGAUAACCAAACCGCUUGCCAACAUGGAAUUCAACAGCAACAACAAGCCGUCGUCGAUGAGCCAGCAAAGAAUGGUCUUCGGCGUAGCAUUUUGCUUGACGUACCUCCCGAGACACUCACCUCUAUCACCUCGUACCUUACACCACCUGCGUUACUCGCCUUGGGAUGUGUCUCCUCGUAUCUUGCUCACCACGUAAAGGCGGAUAACACAUGGCGUCGCGCAUAUGCAUGCUAUUUUCUUGGGGUAUCGCCUGAAAGCGAUUUGGAACUUGAAAAAAAUCGACAAAGUAUGUCUGCACCCAACUCGAGUUUAUGGAAAGUUUUCUUGCUCAGGCGAGGAGACGGAAAGAGCUGGAGAGACGAGUUUUCGUGGCGAUAUGUCAUGAUUGGACUUGAUGCAAAUAUAGUUCCUUCGACAACCUCGGUACCUCAGGCCCUGUCGUCUGAAAGUCAGUCGACUCGCCAUUUUUAUCCCAGCACACGAAAUGGUACGGCGGCGUUACUUACAGCCUCGAUCCAGUAUGGGGUUGUUGCACGCUCCAUGCCGCUCUCUGGUCGAGUGUUGACAGGGUACGUUGAUGCCCGAAUGGGUUUCGGACCGGGUGGAAACGGUGGCAACUUGAACGGAAACCCGAAUGCUCAGUUUACACCAAACGUCACUGCUUGCGAUGUGGUUGUUUCUUCUCCGACAUGGGGGCCAUCGGCGCGUGUUGCGUGGGGUACGCGUGCAGGAGACCUGGUAAUCAGCACAGCACCCCGGGCAAUGGAUGGUAGUCUCCGCAUUUCUGGAGGCUCGGGUGUGCAGGUCAAGAGAUGCAGGGUGGGUGAUGAACACGAGGGUGUUGUCAGGGAUGUAAAGUUUGUCCAGAAACAAGGCAGAUGGGUUGUCAGUGCCGGAGACGACGGGCGGGUCAAGGUUUGGGAUGUUGGUGUCUUUGCUAAUAAUGCAGAUCGUGAUGCACAAACUGGCGAAGACGUUGCGAUCAGGUGUACAUGGAGCUCACCUCCGAUGCUGGUCGAUCGCUUUGGAUCUCGUGUCGUUGGAGUCGGUGCAGGGGGUGGUGUUGUCCCGGAUAAGUGUGUUCGCGCUGAGGCCACCUUUUCGACCACGGAUGACGGUGUGGGUGUAGUAGUGGGUGUUGGGGAGAGUGGAGAUGUGCAUGUUUGGGUCGGGCGUUCAUCAGCAUUUGUCGAUGACAAGGUCAGGGUUAAGGUGAAAGAAGUGUUCGUUGAAUGUCCCUUCAAAUCCGUGGAGGGUGCCGCGAGAAGGGUUACCGCGCUCGACAUCGAUCCAAACAUCGACAGCACAGCGGCCUCCCUUGCUUUCUUGAUCGCAUACGAAGAUGACCCUCUGUUCUAUAGGAUUCGGAUCCCUUCAACAGGAGCUGUCGACCAAGGAGACCCUCUAUGUCACACCGUCGAAAUUACACCGUUCGGCGAUCCGAAUUUCGGGCCUACAAGUGUCGUCGUGCCGUACUUCGGGGGCCAGUCCUCUGAAAGCUUUGUACUGGUAGGUGACCACAUGGGAUGUGUCAGCUUAUACCAUUGGGGUGCUGCCGUCUCACCGCUUGUGGACCACGUACCUCCUCUCCGUACAUUCGAAGCGCACCGCGACGGUGCGAGUGUCACUGCUCUGUGGUGGGACGGACUAGUGCUCGUCACCGGGUCAGCCCGCGGGACGACGCACGUGUGGGAUGGGAUCUCGUUUGCGCAUUUGAGGUCGUUUGUGUCGCCUGUCGCGAAGAUUAGGGGAAGAGGUAGGGGACAGCAGGUACGGUUGGCAGGUGGGGCGUUGGCUCUAGCGCCUCAUGGGGCCGGUGGGGUGGUAGCUCCUGUUAUGGCUAGGACAGCCGGAGGGAGAGAGGCGGUUAGGCACAUCGUGGUUAAUGACGAAAAGGACGUCCUUGUUGUUGCUGUGGGCGAUACAAUUAUGGCAUGGCAUGCAGAUGUUGUUCGACAUGGUGCUCAAUCAGGAGGCAAGGGAGGUGUGAGGGGGCGACAUGCACCUGGGACGGGUGCGCAUGGGAAGAAGAAGCCCGGGGCGGGGGUUGCGAAAUAUAUUGGUCAAUAUGAAAUGCGGCAGACGAUUGCAGAAUCUCGCGAUCUCUUAGAUGCGGAACGAAACGUUUCCAGCACAUCAUCCGCGGCUCUGGCGAGGCGGCAGGUCGAGCAUCGGGCAGGGUUGGACAGCUUGGGUCUGAGUGAAGCUGAGGCAGUUGAGUAUGUUCUUAUGCUGAGUCGGGAUGAAGCUGCUGCUGCCGCUGUGGAACGUGCUAGGAGGGCAGAGCUGGAGAAUGAAGGUAUGUUUGACGAAGACGUUGUAGAAGACGAUGAAUAUGAAGAUGAUGGGAUGAGCGUUUCUGGGCCAUCGCCAUCUGUCUCCUCAUCAGCGUCGUCGACGUCUGGUGUUUCGUCCGACGGGGUUUCUGCUGCCCCAUCUCCAUCAGCAUCUGUGUCGCCUUCGCCAUCCAUAUCUUCGUCGUCGCUAUCGUCCUCGUCCUCGGCCAUUCGUGCGCGUUCAGGGCAAAACACUCGACUGGCGAUGGCCGGUUCCCGUCGUCACCAUCGCUACCAUGAGCCAGCGAGGACGUCGUCUGGUCAGCCUAUCCUCACACCGUCACGCUCGAAUGCGAAAGUACAAGUAUCUUCACCCUGGCGUGGUGGCGGUAUCGAUGGUGGAGAGCCUUUGGAGGCCGGUGAAGAGUAUCUUGCUGAAGAAGAGAACAUUGUGGGCGACGAUAUUGACCCAUCUUUGGUCAAUGCAAUGUUGGAUGGACAGGGUCAGGAACAGCACUUCCCACCUAUUACCGGGAGUGUUGGCACCAGUCCGGGUGAGGGAAGUUCCUUGCAUGGAAAGGGCAAGGAAAAGGAAAGAAAAGUUGGUAGUCCUAGUCCAUCGUUGGUCGGGAAAGGAAAGGGUACCAAACCAAGUGGCGGUUUGAAGACUCCUGCUGCUUCUGCUCCCAAUGUCAAUACCAGUGGGAGCCUUAACCCGACUCCGAGCCCUUCCUCGCUCAAACCCAAAGUGAGCGUGUGGGGUGCGUCUACUGGUGGACUAGCGCUAGGAAUUGCGAGGCUGUCCUCGUCCCCUCCAUCGCCAUCCUUUUCUUCCGUCGCUGCUGCUGCUGCUUCUGCUGGCGUCGGCAGCAGUGCCGGUUCUCCUAUCCGACCGGCUGUCGUUUCCUGGGGAAGACCUGGUGCUAGUGUAGCCAGCCCAAAUUCAAGUGCUAGAUCUAGAGUUUCGUCCGGUGGUGCGAUUUAUGGAGCCCGAGAGGAGGAGGAUUUGGACGAUGAUUUGAGGUUUGCGCUCGAGUUGAGUUUGGUUGAAGCGAGGAGUCGAGGGGAGGAUGUGUAA